CACAAUCCUUCAAUUUGAUCCACAUUUACCCAUAACAGUCAUGUCAGGAUUAGCCCUGGGCUCUCAAGGCACUCAUAUCUCCUUUGGCGCACUUAUCGCUACUUUGUGGACCUUUACUGCUCUAUCUUGUUGCUCUAUCAUUUUCCGUCUCUACGUUCGACUCUUGACUUAUCGAAGACUUUUCCUUGACGAUGUUCUUGUCGUGUUGGCCUGGGCGAUGAUGCUGGCAACGACGGUGAUGUGGCAGGUCGAGGGGCCCGUCUUGUAUCAGUACUCGCCCGUGUUCAGUGGCGAGACACCCCCGACCCUAGAGUUCCUAGAUGCUUAUACGCAGCUGCAAGGAUACAUGGUUGCCUGGCUCGUCUUGUUCUACUCCGGACUGUGGCUGGUGAAACUGUCUUUGUUGACCUUCUUCUACACUCUCGGGACCAAGAUCCGGAGCCACCGUGUGUGGUGGUGGAUCGUCUUUGGCAUCACAAUAGCGUCGUGGAUUAUUUGCAUCGGAAUUAUCGAUUAUCGCUGCACCAUCAACAGCACCGCCUACAUCAUGGCACACUGUGGCUCCAUCGAACAUGUGCAUCAUGACAAUCAGAUCAUCUAUGGCAGCUGCGCCGGCGAUAUCUUGACGGAUACCCUCAUCCUGUCCGUUCCGAUCUUCGUCCUCUGGAACUCACAGCUUUCGCUGCGCCAGAAGAUGGUCUUGUUCGCCUUCUUUUUUGUGACGGUGGUCAUUAUGGCGGUCGCCAUUGUGCGAGUGGCUGUGGGCAUCGACUACGCACAGACGAUGGACAUCUCGUGGGUCUACUUCUGGUCCUCCAUCGAGAUGGGAACGGCGGUGAUGGUUGCCUGCGCCGCAUCUUUCCGGCAGCUCUAUAUCACCUCGCGCAACCGACAUUUCUUUGGUAAAGGGCCCAAGGUGAAACAGGGACCCGCUGGGCAGGUCGAUUCGGGUCAUCGCCGCCUCCUCCAGCUUCGGGACACGAAGUUGAGUAUGGUUCGUGACUCGGAGGAGCCCUCCACCAACUCGACGGAGCAUAUUCUGAUAGGUAGGUUAGCGCACAGAAGUCUGGAGGCUAGUAUUUCUGUCUAGAAACAAUCUUCUUUCUUGAUUUCUGUUUGAUAUGUUUCUCCUUUGAAUGGCGGAUCAAGCUGCUUGUCACGUUGUCAACAACCCCUUCCUCCCCCCCCCUUCAAUUUUCUGAGAAACAAGAAACCAGCUCUGUCCCCUGCAGCAAUCGGCCCCCACGUCUCAAUAGCAAAUCAAAGAACAGCACAUUAACUGAGAGGGGUGGCGAAGGGGUGGGGGCUACCCCUCACUUAUCAUUUCAGACCUUUAGCUUAGCUCAGUCCGUCAGCAAGCGCAUAAGCACUAAAACUGCACCCCCCUCCCAAUCAGCUUCAUCUCCAUAAAGAUUGGCGGAAUGACAAGCAAUAACAUUUGCUGUCAUU